AUGGCUGAUGAAUACAAUGAAAAUCUUCUGAGAAGUAGUGGCCAUCCAGUUGCACUCAUUCCUGCAGUUAAUAGUAGCAAACUAGCAUCAAAACAAAAAGCAGAUAAAGCACAGGCCUUGGAACAAAUCUUGAAAUUAACCAAAGGUUGUCGUGUCAUGUUACGAAGCAAUUUAUGGACUGAAGUUGGACUUGUUAAUGGAGCUCUUGGUACAUUGCAAGCGAUUGUUUAUGAGCAUAAUAAACGACCUCCAAGUGUUCCUGUUGCCCUUAUGAUUGAGUUCGAUAAUUAUAAGGGCCCUACAUACAAUGGUCGUGCUAUUCCAAUAACAACAAUUACAAGACACUGGAAAACAGAAGGAAAACCGCAAUGGCGUCGACAGUUUCCAAUAAAUGUCGCACACGCAAUCACUAUUCACAAAUCUCAAGGAUUAACACUUUCUCAAGCGGUUGUUCAUAUUGGAGAUACUGAAUCCGACAUAGGCUCAUCAUACGUUGCAUUCAGCAGAGUCAAAAAUCUUCAAAGUUUAAUAAUUGAUCAAGUUAUUUCUAAAGAUCGGAUAAAUAACCUUUCUAAUAGCCCUCAACUCGCACAAAGAAAAAUAUUUUUACGCAGAUUUUUGUAA